AUGAAGAAUACAAUUUUAUCAGAUAUUUGCAAACAUAAGAGUUUGCAUAAGGAUUGGAUUAAUUGUUUUGAUAUAACAUCAGAUUUAACAAACUCUGGUAUUCUUGCGAGAGACCAGUUAUGGCAAACAGAGUUACCAAAUAAGGAAAAAGAGGAAAUAAUUGUUAUUUAUGGUGUCAACUCAUUUAAAUCAAUGUUAAAUAUUAGUUUAAAAACUAAACCAGUCAUUGAUGAGAAAAAUAAUGAUUAUUAUAAAUGCAAUGAAACUGGCAUUUCAUAUAACAUUUCAAAUAAAAAUGAAUAUAAAUUUCCGGGUCUUUUGCUGGAAGUGUUGGCACCCUUUCAAAGAUGGAGAGUUAAAUUCAACGGAUUCUUAACCGAUAAAAAUAACCAAAAAUUCUUUAUCGAAAUGCGUUUGUUUUGGUUUUCAACUUCAGAAGUCUUUGACUACAAAUCUAACGGCGAUAACAAGUAUUUGGCAAAAGAGAUGAACGGAAUGGGAGUCAAACUGGAAAAUAUAUUUGAGGACAGGUAUGUUGUUUGCGGUCAAUUAAGAGCCACUUUGAAGAUUGACAAUGAGAUCAAUAAAGAACUGUUUCUUUGGGGGACCCGAUCUAAAGCUUAUUACAAAACAUCAGAUAAUUAUUUUGUCAAUAAUUUUGAUAAAUAUCUAUUUUCAGCGUAUACUAAUAAAGGAAUUGCAUUAGAAAUUAUCAAAAUUACGCCAAAACAUAAUCAAAAUAAAUGUAUGUAUUAUGGAUGGGCACUGGCAUCUCAUGGAUGCAUUUAUCCAAUACAAACAUUUAUACCUCAAAUGUAUUUGAUUGACAAUAACAAUCAGAAUAUCUUUCCAUCAAAUUUUAAAUUACAAAUUAAUGGCAAAGAAAUGAUAGUCAAUAAUUUGAUUAUUAAAGAUAAUAAUAUUAUUAAUUUAACUAUCAAUGGUCACAAUGGGUUGGGAUUUAUAUUGGAAAAUCAGGAUAUCAUAAGUGAAAUGAUAGCAAUUAAGACAAACACCCAUUUGUUUCAUGUAUUUAAAAAAAGACAAUCACAAGAUUUAGUGUUAAAUUUUGAAGACGAAAAUGCUAUGAAUGAAGAGUUGUCGGGUGGAAAGGGAUCUUCAUUGAGUAAAUUGAAAGUAUUGAGUAAAUUGGAUGACAAUUGCUUUAUAGUACCGAAUGGAUUCAUUGUAACCACAAAUGCAUAUCAAUUUCUUUUGAAAGAAAAUCCAGAUUUAGAUAAAGCUAUAGAAAGACUUCAAACAAUUUCAUGGUCUGAGAAAAAAGAGAAUUUUCAAGAAGAGUGUCAAAAUGUGAUGAAUAACUUCUUAAAGAUAGAGAUGCCGUUAGUUAUUAAGUCAUCCAUAAGAGAUUCUCUUCAGAAAUUACAAACUAAUGGUAACACAGAUGAUAUUGUUGUAGCGGUCCGUUCGUCGGCGUGCGGCGAGGAUUCAGAGGACAUGUCAGCUGCCGGUCAGAUGACAACAUAUUUGGGAAUUAAGGGUCUGAACGAAAUAUGUGAGUCUGUACUUAAGUGUUGGUCCUCUCAGUUCAAUAUAAUUGCUGUGGAAUACAAACGAGGAUACGGACAGUUGAUUAACAGUCCGAUGGCUGUUGUGGUCCAAGAGAUGGUUGAUUGUGAUGUCGCAGGUGUUAUGUUUACUUGUGAUCCAGUGAACGGUACGCCUAAUAAAAUAAUAAUUAAUGCAAACUAUGGAAUUGGAGAAAGUGUUGUAUCGGCGGCAGUUAAUCCCGAUAAUAUUAGUUUAAUAGUUGAUAUGGAGUUCAAUUCAUAUGACAAUCAAAGGUGUAUUAAAUCAAUAAAUGAUAUAAUAAUUGGCGCUAAAGAGUCUGUUAUGAAAAUCAAGACAGACUCGGGUGCGGGCAUUGAAAUUCAAACCAAUGAUUCAAAUGCAAGUAAAUGUUGUUUAAGUGACGAUCAAAUCAAAACUUUAGGUGAAAUUGGUCUUAAACUACAAUACUAUUUUGGGUGCGAACGGGAUAUUGAAUGGGGACUUAAAGAUGGCUUAUAUUAUAUGUUUCAGUCCCGUCCGGUCACUAAUUUGAACGCUUAUAAUGAGUGGGAACUGACACACGAGUUCGAUACGGGACAUCUCGAUGAGGCCGAGUAUAACACUAGAGCUAAUUUAGGUGAAGUAAUGCCCGGCGCCAUCUCGACACUCCAUAUGACGGCUAUAUUUCCCGCAAUGUGGUUGCAGUUAUCAGAGCGAUAUGUAAAGCCAUUUGGUAUGAAAUAUAAUGCCUAUCGGCGCCCAUUACAAGCGGUUACCAUUCAAAACAAUGCCGUUUUCUUCUCAUUAAAAGAUGUAGGAUUUUUCCAGUUCGCACCGAAACAAUACGAGACAUUUCUUAAUAAAGCGUUAACUUUAGCCGCUUUUGGACAUCCAGUUGAAGACGAACAGCUUAGAGAAGACGCUUUUGAAAGGAACGGUAUUUUAUCGCUUAAAACAAAAAUAGCGAUACAAAAGUCGGCCCUCAAAAGUCUAACCUCUGGAAAGAAACUCAAAAAAUUUAUUCAACAAAAACAAGACAUAAGUUUUAUUAGAGACAAAACUUAUAAUAACUCAUUUGAAAUGUUUCGUGUAUUUUGUGAUAACUUAAACAUUAUGGCUGAGGCUCUUGACAUUCAUCUGGAAGUGUCUACUAAAUCAUCGAUACAUAAUUUAAUGCUGUUAUCAGUUUUAUCAAAUGGAAAUAUUGAUGUUACUUCAAAUAGUAAUCUAUACAUUGACUUUGCAAACGUAUUAUCAAUGACUGGCAAUAGUAUAGUCAGUGCUGAUGUACCGAAAGCUAUAAAACAAUUGGCAAAAUCUAUAAAAGAUCCGAAAAAAUUUAAAGAUAUGACACCUGAAGAAGCACUUGAAUGGCUUGAAAAUAAUAACGAAGAGACAGCUGUAUUGUAUAAACAUUUUAUGAAAGAUUAUGGUUUUAGAGGUUAUAAAGAAUGGGAUGUAUUAUCAAAAACAUGGUCUGAAAAUAUGACAUUAUUAGUGACAACAAUACAAACAAUGAUUCCGUUUAAAGAAAAUUCAAAUCAAGAAAUACUUCCAACAAUCGAUGAACACCUCUCUAAGCUUAAGACAUCUCUAUCAACAAAACAGAAGUGGUUGUUAAAGAAGUGGAUUAUACCCUACUGUCAGAGCUCUAUAGCUCAUAGAGAAGAAUCCAAACUUAUUGACAUCAAAUGUAUUGAUAAGUUUCGGCAAUUGUUACGUAAAAUGGGAGAAAUGAUGUGUUAUAAAGAGGGACGUAUACCAGAUCCAGAGCUUAUAUACUUUGUGUCACUACAAGAGUUGAAGAUUUUAACUGAAACUCGAGUGCCGAAGAUUGUGAUGAAAGCCAAACAGAGAAAAAGGAUUUAUCAAAAACUCGAUCAAAAUAUUUAUGAAGAGAUGUCCGUUGGACCUGAUAUUAGACCACGUAAUCUUAUAGAUAAAAAUGAUUUACUUCAAAAUUUGAAUCCGAAAGCUAAAAUACCGGGUACUCCGGUUUGUACGGGAAGUAUAACAGCCAAAGCAUGUGUAGCCAAGUGUUUUGAUGACGCAAAAAAUAUUCAGCCGGGAGAUAUACUGGUUACUUAUUGUACUGAUAUUGGUUGGAGUCCUUAUCUACCAAUGAUAAGUGGUAUUAUCACCGAAAUUGGUGGACUAGUAUCACACGGAGCUGUCAUUGCCCGAGAAUAUGGUAUACCCUGUUUAGUUGGCGUCAAAAAUGCCUGUUAUAUCAUACCCAAUGGACACACUGUACUUCUCGAUGCAGAUAACGGACACAUUGUCCUAAUAAAUGAAUACUAA